UAGUCUUCUUCCUAAUGUAAAUAAAACCUAACCAAGAAAACCACUUCUCCGUCGCUCUGAUUUUCUCCGGCGCCGUUGCCACCUCCGAUAUUCCAAUCAUUAUUUCUUCCUCCUCCGCCACACUAUUCUUCUUUAUGACGGUUCUCAGGUCUCGAGAGGUUAUCUCUCCGCCGCCCACUCCCAAAUCCCUAAAAUCCCCUUCCGAAACUCCCCAUCAUUCCUCUACGCCCUCUAAACAUCAGGAAAUUCAACCCCUUCACUCGCCUCCCCAUACUUCUCCUGUUUCCACCGCGUUGUCCUCCGAUGGCUUGUCCAGUCCCGGAGUUUCUCGGAGGCGGAGUUUCCGACUUGCUGCCAAAGGGCUUGGUCCUGAGCAUUGCGAUGUUGAUCGCGUCCGUGAUAAUUUCUCUGGAACGUUGAUGAAAUCGGAGACGAUUGAUAAUCGAGACUUGGGUCUGGCCUCGGAUGGUAAGUUGGUGGUAAGUUCAAUUUGUAAUGAAAUUGAGGGUUUUGGGGUUAAUGAAGGAGCCGAGGGCUUGAAUGAAUUUACAGGGUCGAAGAGCGACGAGGUUAAUGUAAAUGGUAAGAGAAAGUUGAACCCCACUAUGGAUUCGCCUCCUGGGGAAUGGGAGGAUGAAAGUUCUUGGAGGAAAGAGUGUCUCAGUUUACGUUGGGGGAAGAGAAAAACGGUGAAACAAGGGCCUCGUUUAAAGGACAGUGACAAUGUUGCAACUGAUCUGAAUGGAAUUGGAGGAGUUUUGAUGAAAGAGCUAAAUGAAGAGUGCUCAAGAAUUGAAGAGAAUGAUUGUACCGAUAGUAGGAAUAGAUUCAGCCGAAAAGAAAAGGGCAAAUGGAUUGUUGAUGACAGAAAUUCAAAUAGAAAUGAUACGGCUGUGUUACAUUCUGAGCCAAACGAUGAGUUAAGUGAUAAUCUAGUUGAGCAUCAAAAUUAUCAGUUUGUUCGUGACAGACUGAAGGGAGUAGUAAUUGAAGAAAAUACAACAAAUUUGUCUGGUGCAAGUUACUCUGAUGGAGGGAAUAUGGAUGCUAAUGGCUACACAGCAAUUGAAGGAAAUGCUUCGGAACAUAAUGUUGAAGGGAGAUUGAUUGCAGAAGCUCUAUUGUCUUUAUCUACAGACUUUACAAUGGAUUCAAACUCGAGAUAUAAAUAUAAUUCCAUAGAAGGUGAGGCUUCCGGCCCCGCACAUCUGGUAGAUGAUGGCCCUCAGAGCAAUGAUAGUCAAGAGAUGGAGUCUAGUUCGGAAGAGGUAGGUCGUUUGGAUUUGUACUUAAGAAGAAGAACGGCUAUUGGGUUUGCUCGUUAUAAUGAGGGCAAUGACAGAUUGCAGAAUGUUGAGGCUGAAAGUGAAGACAAUAUAGAAGAUUGGCCCGGGCCAUUCUCUACUGCAAUGAAGAUUGCUAGUGACCGAGCGAAUGGUGUACGUGUACGAGUUAGAAAAUCUUUAGAGGAGAAUGACCCUGAACCAGUUGAAUGGAUCCCUAAAAGGAGAGCGUAUUGUAGACGGUCCCAGUCUUUGCCUCCCUCGUUGGGAGAUUUGUGCUUAAGGGUUCUUGCUGAAAAUGCUGAUGCAAUUUCUUCAUUGGAUUUUGUUCCAGAUACCUUCAGGCAUAAGCUUAGUCGGCUACUCUGUGAUUCUCGAAAAAUGAACAGUCAGUUUUUUAAUCUUCUUCUUUGUGGUUCCCCAACUGAAGUCUGUAUAAGGGACUGCUCUUGGCUGAGUGAAGAGGAGUUCGUGCAAUCUUUUCAAGGGUGUGACACUAGCAAAUUAAUGAUACUCCAGCUUUACCAGUGUGGACGUAGUAUCUAUGAUAUUGUCCUAUUAUCUACAUUAGCUCGGUCAUCAAAUAGCUUACCUGCCCUCAGGUCAUUGUCCCUAACAGGUGCAUGUUGUCUUUCUGAUGAUGGUGUCGCUGCACUUGUAUGUUCGGCUCCUGCAUUGCACUCUUUAAAUCUGAGCCAGUGCUCCUUUCUCACCUUCUCAAGUAUAGAGUCUAUAGCCAAUUCUUUGGGAUCAACUCUGAGGGAAUUGUAUCUGGAUGAUUGCCUAAAAAUCGAUCCAAUGCUAAUGGUUCCUGCAAUGAAUAAGCUUCAACAUUUGGAAGUGCUAUCAUUAGCUGGAAUGGAAGAUGUUUGUGACAAGUUCAUUCAAGAAUUCCUGACAGCUGGGGGCCAUAAUCUGAAGCAACUCAUUUUAACCAAUUGUGUGAAAUUGACCAAUAAAUCCAUAAAAGCCAUAUCAGAAACUUGCUCUGCUCUAUGUGCUAUAGACCUUGUGAAUCUGUCGAAGAUAACGGAUUAUGCUUUAUGCUGUCUUGCAAGUGGUUGCCAGGCUCUUCAAAAGUUAAAGCUUUCCCGAAAUCUAUUCAGUGAUGAGGCUGUUGCUGCGUUUGUGGAGAUAUCAAGGGGGAAUUUAAAAGAACUUUCACUGAACAGUGUCAAGAAGGUUAGCCGCUGCACAGCAAUUUCGCUCGCCCGUUUCUCUAAGAAUUUGGUUAGUCUCGACCUAUCUUGGUGUCGAAAACUGAGUGACGAGGCACUAGGCUUGAUUGUUGAUAAUUGCCCAUCUCUAAGAGAGCUCAAACUCUUUGGAUGUUCUCAGGUAACCAAUGUAUUUCUCGAUGGGCACUCAAAUCCAAAUGUAGAGAUCAUUGGACUGAAGCUGUCUCCCAUUUGGCAAGUUGAGCCUCACAUCUCUUGGGAAGGUCCAAGUUAUCAUUCCUCUGUGCCAUCCUCAUUUUGAUGGAUUGGUUUCAGCUCGAAUCAUUUUGGUGCUCUUCAUAUUAGAAUCCAGUAGUGAUCAGUGCAAGCUUUUUUUUCUGUUACUGAACGCUUGGCUAUGAAUUGUAAAUGCUAGUUGCCCUUUUUUUUGUAGAAAUAUUUUGUAUAUAGGCAUUACACAAGAAUGUUAGAAUUGACGUACUUUUUUACACAACAAAUUUCAUUGCGCUCAUACUUUUUGUGAGUUUCAAUUGUCAGUACAAAGAUUUUUUUAUAAAAUGAAUAUCAACAUCAA